UUAUGUUCGGAAAUGGUUGAAAUCACCAUGACAGAACAUUACAUUUCGCGUUAGCGAAUUAUGACACAUGACGGCAGACGACUGGACUAGUUGACGUCCUACAAAUUACAAAAGUUUUAAACACAAGUGAAUAGCUUUUCAUAUAUGUUUUUGCUAAUAAUUAAACUGCCUUACAGUGAAAAAUAACAAAAGAUCUUCAAGAAAUUAACUGUGAAGCAAAUUAAGCGAUGAGGCAAAGCAUAUGCUUGCGUAUAGUCAGUACACUACUGAAUACCACAAUGAGAAGUCACACAUACAUUGAUUCUUUGGGCUCGGCCAGAAUAAUGGCCAGAGUUCUAGAUGGUAAAGCCUUGGCUAAAGAGAUCAAGGAUGAAUUAAAAAUCAAAAUACAUGACUGGAUCAACAUUAAUCGACGAGCUCCAUCACUACGUUGUAUCAUUGUAGGGAAUGACCCAGCCAGUCAUACAUACGUCAAAAACAAAAUUCAAGCUGCUAGCGAUGUUGGUAUAGAAGCAGAAACUAUUAAAUAUGAUGAGACCUUAACAGAGGAUGCACUUAUAUCAGCUAUAGAAUUGCUUAAUCAUGACAAGAACGUAGAUGGUAUAUUGGUUCAGCUUCCUUUACCUGGUGGUAUAGAUGAAAGAAGAGUUUGCAAUACCGUUGCUCCUGAGAAAGAUGUUGAUGGAUUUCAUAUAACAAAUGUUGGUCAACUUUCCCUAGACAUGCCAACCAUAGUACCUGCAACUGCCCUUGCUGUUAUAGAAAUGUUGAAAAGAUUUAAAAUAGAGACAUUUGGUCGUAACGCAGUUGUAGUUGGACGGUCGAAGAAUGUUGGAAUGCCUAUAGCAAUGAUGUUGCAUAGUGACGGGAACCAUGAUAGUGGAUUAGGUAUGGAUGCGACUGUGACAAUAUGUCAUAGAUACACCCCUGCAGAGCAGCUGGAACUCCAUUGCCGGAACGCUGAUAUCAUUGUCACAGCCACAGGUAUACCAAAACUUAUAAAAGCAAAUAUGGUUAAACCCGGUGCUACCGUAAUAGAUGUUGGUAUAACGAGAGUAACAGACGAACAAGGAAAGACAAAACUGGUUGGAGACGUGGACUAUGAAGAAGUUUCUAAAAUAGCCGGUGCAGUAACCCCAGUACCGGGCGGUGUUGGUCCAAUGACAGUCGCUAUGCUCAUGCAAAACACAUUCCAAGCUGCACAGAAACUUCGAGGAUCAUAAAAAAAGUUUAUAUUAAAGCGGGUCUAAAAUAGUUAAUCUAUUAUUUUGCACAUUUGUUUUUGAAAUAUUUAAGGCACUUUCACAUCGGUCCAAUUAGAAGUAAAUAAAUUUUCAUUUAAAAAUAAAUUUGUCAGCUAUGAUCUAUUUAGUCUGUGGCAAUAUUUUUUGUAAUCUCAAAAUUGUGACGUUUGACAGUGUUGCCAUCAUCGAAAUAUUAAAUAGCUUCAGUGUCUUUAUUUAUUAAAUAGGUAUAGGAAUUGACAAGUAUUAUAAUUGUGUAAGUGUCAUUUAAUUGUAAGCUUCAAUACACUGGGUAUAAAUGUCUGAACUUUGUUUCCAUCGGUGCCUUAUUAAAUAGACGUUUACUCCCAGUGUGUAUGUCUUCCAUACAUUCCUUUGCGGAAUUCCCAUUUAUAAUAUUGUGCGUAUUGCAACGUACAAAACUUUUUUUUUUUAUAUUAUAUUAAGAAUAAAUUUGCUAUAUAUAAUAUGAAAUGUAUUUUGUAAUAUUGACAUAA